AUGGACGACCCGCGGGAUGUUCAAACUUCCAAGCGACACGGCAGCUCCAGGUCGUUUUUAUCGGCCGGUUCCGCCGUGGCAAUGGAGAUUAAACGGAAGAAAAUACGACAGAGUACAUUAUUCACGCAAACUGAGAACACUAACAUACAAGAAAAGCUUGACUUUGAGAUGCGUAUGCGGGACGGUGCCUACAAGCUGCUGCUCGCCUGCAGUAAGAGAGAACAGGUUCUUAAUGCCUCGAAGAAUCUGCUGACCUGUAACGCCAGGAUCAAGGCUUAUCUCGCACAGCUGCAGAAGAAGAAAGAGGAGCAGGACAUGAUGGGAGCAGUCAUGAGACUUUCAGAUCCAGUUUCAGAUGACCGUGUGCCCUGCCCUGGGACAAUUGCAAUGUCAGGUCUGCGCAUUCCUUUGAUGUGGAGGGAUUCAGCCUACUUUAACAACAGAGGGAGCUCCCGUCGAGUGGCGUUGUUCUGUCUGAUGCAGAUUGGCUCAGAGGUGUUUGCCACAGAAAUGAUGGUGGUGGACAGAUCAGUCACUGACAUCUGCUUUGAGGGAGUCACCGUGUUUAAAGAAGCAGUUCCUCAGUUUGAGCUGAAGGUGGAGUUGUGGAGCUGUGCCCUGGAGGAUGAGCUCACUUUGGUAAAUACGCCAAAGAAACUGGCCAAGAAGCUCCGCAACUCCUUUGGAAAGACUGCUGGGAAGAAGCUCUGCCCUCUGCUGGACAGUCCGGACCCUGACACCUUCCUGCAGUACAACCCCAUACCCUUUGGAGCCAAGUACAGCCUGCUGGCUCACACUACACUGUGUCUGCCCGAGGCUGAAGGCAGCUUCCAGUCUCACUCCCUCAUUGUCCUCCAAGACGCUGAUUGGUCAUCUUGGCUUCCACUUUAUGGCAACCUCUGCUGCCGGUUGGUGGCCCAGCCGUCCUGCAUGACACAGAGCAUGAUGACCGGCUACCUGAGCCAGAAGCUAACUGUGGAGGGGAUGAACCGCUGCUGCAGGCUUUACUGUGUGCUGAGUGCUGGGCUGUUGUCCUGUUACUUCACCCCGGAAGAAAUUGAAGCUAAAGUGCAGCCCACUUUCAACGUGCCCAUCAACAAGGACACCCGGAUCCGUGUGAUGGAGAAGGGGUCAGCAGGCCAGAAAUCCAGGAGUCUGUCCAUCAUCAACCCUUCACCAGAGGGGUCUGACACCAUCGUCUUCACCACGGAAACCAGCGACGAGCUGGAGGACUGGCUGGACGCCCUGCACCAGCACCUCUAUGAUCAGAGCCAGUGGCUGCACUGCUGCAACCAACUAAUGAAGAUUGAGGUCGCAUCACCACGGAAACAAUCGCUCUUCCUCACCAAGCAGGCAGACUCUGUUUACAAUGAUCUCAGUAUAAAUUCACCAGGAAAGUUUGAGAGCAUCACAGACAUGAUCCAUAACAAGAUAGAAGAGACAGAUGGCCGCUUUCUUAUUGGUCAUGAAGAGGAGAAGGAAGCGCCUAAUUGGUCCACUCUGUUUGACGGGUCCCAUUCAGUGGUAGUGCAGAAGGGUGUUCUGUCACAGAGCAAAACCUCCACCCCUUGUUCAAGCCCAAACCCCAACACCAGCGCUACAUCUUUCAGCAACAAGAAGCGCCGUGCCCCACUUCCUCCCUCUGACAGAAAUCCUUGCGCUUCUCCCAGCCGCCCUGCCAGACCUCCCCUCCCUGCUUCUCUUCAUCAUGCUCCUCCUCCGUCAUACCAGGAGAAGGAGAACUCCGGCACUUGCACGUCACGCCCGGCCACAAGGUCCAAAACUGGCAGACCAUCUCUUGAUGCCAAAUUCUCUGCCAUCAUCCAGCAGCUCCAGCGGAGCAACGCCGGAGGACCUGGAGCCAUCAGUCGGAGAAAUGCUCCACUGGGCGUCCUCGAUGUGCAACCCCAAAGUCAGCCUCAGCCUCCUCUCCAGCCGCUGGAGUACCAGGACCACCACCCCCUGCACACUGAAGCCGCAGGUGAACACGCCUUCCUCAGACCAAGUUACGGUCCUGGUCCUGUUCCUGCACCGAAGAGCAAACUGAGAAAGUCUUUCAGAGAGAGGAUGAACUUUAAAGCCUUGUGACCUCGACCUUCGACAAAAACGAGAUUCAACCCACUGAUUAUUUUCUUACCACUAAUACAAAUAAUACACGCUUUCAUCUCGGUAACGUUGAUCAAAUCAGAUCACAAUAUAUUGCACCUCCAAUACUACUGUGUACUGUGAUGUUUUGGACAUGACUGUUGGUGAGGUGCUUCAACAUUUAAAGGAAUAAUUAAGCAUUUUGGGAAAUGUGCUUGUAUGCUUUCUAGCAGAGUUGGAUGAAAAAAUCAAUACUACUCAUAUCUUUACGCUAAUUAUGAAGCCGCAGCCAGGAGAUCGUUGGCUUAGAUAAGCAUUAAGACUGCAAUCGGGGAAAUGGCUAUCAUGCUCCAUCCAAAGGUAACAAAACCUGCCUUCCAGCCCCUCUAAAGCUCACUAAUUAACUUGUUCUAUCUCAUUUUAUAAGUAUAAAAAUGACACAUUGCUGUUGUAAUGGGAUGGGGGGGGGGGGUUAUGUGCUAGACUAUUCUUGGUUGGGAGCAGUGAUUUACUGGAGUGCGUUUGAGUGUUAGUCUUCCAGUGACUAUGAAGACUCUUAACCAGAAAUAGUCUGGCACAUAACCGCCGUAAAUCCGGAACUAGUUAAUUUUCUGCUUCUGCUUGUUGUACCGAUUCCAUCAACAAGAUUAUAACGGUUUCCCCCUGCUUUCAGUCUUUAUGCCUAAGCUAAGCUAACCAACUUCAUAUUGAGCUGAUCGAUAAGAGAGCGGUAUCGAUCUUCUCAUUGUAUUUCCCAAAAUGUCGACCUUAUUUAACCCCAAUGAUGGGUGGGUUGCUUGGUCUCCUUAAAGAACGAUCCUAACAACGUCCAUCAUGACAACCCAAAUCCUAGACACCUCAUAUUGCAAUAUCGAUGUUGUAUUGAUACAUCUCCAGCUUCUCUCUCCACUUGUGAACUCUUUCAUGUGCAGCUAACCCAUAGACGAAAUUGAAAGCUGCAUGUUGGCUUGAGCACGGCCAUCAUCAAUCCCACUAAAAUGGAAAAGCUUAUUUCUUAGCUCUGCCACUGGAACAUGGACUGAAGAAAAGAGCCUUUGCAAAAGCACUCAAAUUGGAAUUGAUCCAUUGGCCCACUGUGAACGAGUCAUUCCUUUUGGAACUAUUGACUUAUUCCACUUACUGUGACAACUUUAUGACCACUAUAGCUGAUUUUAAGAGAACAAGAUUUUAGGAGCAAUUGCAAGCACUAAUGUGACUUCUCCAUUUUCCAGAGGUCUUAAUAAGUGACCUUGGUUUUCAGUGGGUACACAGUAUGUCCAACAUAAUUUAACACGGCAACCUAUAAAUUCUAUUAACAUAACCGAAUGAAUGAGUCUUUUGAGUGGCUAAAAUAUUGAAUGCCCUUGUGUUUGUGUUGUUUUGAACAUGUCCAAUACUAGCAGCCAGUAAAUAUGUCAACCACUUAACAGUCACAUGUUGAAGAAUGGUCUUCAUAAUUACACACAGUGUACAAAACAUUAGCUUCAGCUACUUCUCUGAAAUUGCCUGGUCAGAUGAAGCAGUACGGUGAAAGCUACAAUCCCCCUAAAAUUCAGUUUAAUCAAGAGGGGAAGAUGUAGAUUUUGGGGGGGAGGCGGAUUACAGGAGGAUUUAGUUUUAAGCCUUGAAAUAACCAAGAAUGGAUUGUACAAAAGAGGAUGCUGCUCAAUAUUAGCAGUGUGUUUGAAAUGUUUCCUAUGCUCUGUGUGUAUUACCGAUACAUUAGUCACUUUGAUGUUUUACUGUACAUACCUGGAAGAACGAGGGAAGAGUCCUGACCUCAUAGCAUGACAUGGUUACACCUUCCUCACAGUUAUUAUACUGCACUUCCUGUAUCGUCUAUCAACAUCUUGGCCAUUUUCAGUUAGAUUAAGUCUGCUAGAGACUAAAGAACAUUAAAUCGCAUGCCAAUGUUACUGACAGUUAUGGUGAUGAGAUAACAUUUCUGGAUAGUAUUUCAGAUUAACUGUAGCCAUGGUGAAAGCAGGAAAUGUUGCCCCUGGGAAUAUUAAGCUUGAGGGAGAGAUCACAUGAUCUAAAUGUACAACUGCUUUAUGCUUUACACAAGGACUGAACAUUGUGACCAGAGCCAUUUUUAUAUUAAUAUACAAUGUUUAAAAAAAAUGACACUUUGAUAGUAAUAAUUUGUAUAUUUGUUUUUAAUUCAAAUGUUCUGUAAUACCUUUUUCUUUUUUAAAUCGUACAAUACUUCCAUGUCAUCUCAAUGUUACUUUUAGCAUAUCAAUAAUUCAGACUUUAAGUAGCACUGUGUUUAUGUCCUAGUGCAGAAUAAUAUGUGUAUAGUGCAAUUAAAAAAAAUCUUGUAGUUAUUUUUGUUUCUCAAAAGGUGCAAUUUUCUCCUCUCUCUGUUUACUCGGAAGCUAACUAGCUAAGCUAUUUUAUUUCUAAAUUGCUGAUCUGCAAUAAAACGGCCUACAUUUUA